AAGUGUCAAUUUUUUUGUCGCGUUUCUGACCUGUGUUUCUGACGUAGUGAAAGGUUGCCGUGUUAAAUUAACAAAUUUUGUUUAUUUAUUGUCUUAAUUUGGGUUUUUAUUAAUUUAUUUGUGGUUUAUAUAAACAAAUAUAGUGCGAGCCGUUGUCAUCAAAUCCGUAAUUUUGAGUUGACGAUUAUUGUUGACUAAAGACUUGAGAUAGCCCAGCCCACCUUAAGGCUCAAAUUAGGAUUUAGGAUGUAAAUCACAUGGUGCUUUAUUUUUUCGUACCUGAUCUACUUACUAUAUUUUCUAUACACAUGGAGCACAAUAAAAAGCAUGAAAAGUGCUCCUGCGAAAACUUGGACACGUCCUUGGAAAGCGAUAGCAGCAAUUCUGAAUCUCCCCAAACUUCAAAAGAGAAAAGAAGCAAAAUUAGCCUAUUUGGCAGAGCAAAAGCCCUACAUUUCAAUAAGAGAAGAAACAAGAAAUCAUCUCAAAACUCUCUUAAUUCUUGUGGCGCUUCGACAAGUUCUAUCAAGAAAUCUCAAAAAUGGAGUCUAAAACUAAGCUGUACAGGUAGAAAAACUCACAAAUCUUCUUCCAGUACUCAGGAAAGUUCAAACUGUUGUAAAUGCAGUUGUUUCAAUAGAUUCAGUGAUGUAAAUGCCUCUUCUAUACCUGAUACUGAUUUAGAAACGAAAACUUUUCAAGAAGAAACCAACAAUACCUCUUCAUCAGAAGAUGGUAUCAGUACAAAUAGUGCGACUAGCGAGACAAUCCGCGAAGAACCUGUUAGAAAUGAACCUGAAAUUCCUCAGGUUCAUAUCGAACAGGCUGAAGGUAUUAGAGGAAUUUACAGUACUGCAAUGUCCGGCAAUGGCACUCCAUCUAGUAUUGUCAUAAGCGCGCCAUUUAUAGAUGGACAAUGGAUGAGAAUGGUACAUGAAGAUUGCGAUGAGGCUGCCCGAAUAGCUCGAGCGAGAGAAAUAGAACAAGGUGUGGAUCCCCCAGCUAAUUUCAGGUCAGUGAGGAGACUCCAGCUGCUCUGUUCGGAUUCUGAAUCGGAAAAUGGACAGUCGCAAGCACCACCAAGAAGAUUGCAGUUGGUGUGUCCUCCCGAUUUGAACGUGGAGUCUUUGAGAGCGCUGUUCCAGAAUCACGUCACCUUGAGGUCUUGUCCUUUGGAUACUAUUACGGGUUGUCAUACUCAGGUCGAUUUUAUACACUGUCUGGUGCCAGAUUUACUCAAUAUUACGAAUUGUAGCUUUUAUUGGGGCAAAAUGGACCGAUACGAAGCGGAACGCCUACUCGAAGGCAAGCCCGAGGGCACCUUCCUCCUGCGAGACUCCGCCCAAGAGGAGUUCUUGUUCAGCGUCUCGUUCCGCAAGUACAACCGGUCCCUGCACGCGCGCAUCGAACAGUGGAACCAUCGCUUCAGCUUCGACUCGCACGACCCGGGCGUUUUCACCUCGGACACGGUCUGCGGCCUCAUCGAGCACUACAAGGACCCGAGCAGCUGCAUGUUCUUCGAGCCGAUGCUCACGUGGCCCCUCCACAGGAACUUCACCUUUUCAUUGCAGCACCUGGCCAGGGCCACCAUCGUGAACAAGUUGACAUACGACAACAUUAACCAUCUGCAAUUGCCCAAGACACUGAAGACGUACUUGAAGGAGUACCACUAUAGGCAGAAAGUGAGGGUGGAGAGGUUCGACGAUGACGUGCAGUGGUUGGAGUUGAGGAACAUGCCGCCUUGAUUAGGAGGAGGUGGGUUGGUGUACUGUCUGCAUUUUGGGUUUAGUUGAAUAUAUAUAUUGAGAAGGUACCAUAUGAUCGAAUAAAAACGGCGUCAUUUCCAAGCCAACUGGACGCCGUUUUUUUUUUCGAUCAUACGGUAUUUAUUCACUAAAGCGAAGAUAUUUUACGGUAAUUUUGACGUUUAUCAGUUCUUGUAGGUUAUGUUCUGUCUCGAUGUGUUUUAAAUCUUAAAAUAGGGCAUUUCGCACUACUGAACUGGAAAAUUAAAAGUUUGUGAUGAUAUUAAUUACAUACAUCGAAUAAAGAAUAAAAAGGAAGGAGGCUUUCUAUAUUUCACCUACAGAAGAAACGGGGACGGAAGUCGCCAUAUUGGAAAACCUCUGAUGACAGUGAUGACAGCCUUUGGUUCACGUCGGACAUGCAUAGGCGUAACAACAUGGGGGCCCGUAGGUACAGGGUCCACCCUUCUAUUCAUCCUUUUAUUCUUUAUUCAUUGAUUACAUAUGAAAGUUGGAGGAUUUUUCGAUUUCUAAGUGUUCGUUUUUAAAAUAUCCUUCACUUUCUGUCACUUCCGGUUUAAUCGGAACUGGCUGUCAUUUGGCUUAUUUUAUAUAGAACACUCUCUAUAUUUUUUGACAAAGACAAGCAACAUAAAUUUAUGAAAUUGUGCAUAACUCACAAGAAUACUGGAUUUUUGAAAUUACAUUGAACUAAAUAGAUAUUUUCCCUAUAAUAUAUCGCUUUAGUGAAUACAUAUCUUUAUUUUUUUAAAUGGCGAGUUCAUUUACAUCACUCUGGUGUAUUUAAUGUUUUUUUUGGAUUAAAUAAACAAAUAUGCGAAAAAAAAUUUGGCAUCCUAGAAGAAUAAACCCGUAUAUUUAUUUAUUCAAUUUAGGCCUUUACAGACCUUUCUUUGACGUAAUUUAUCACUAAAAAACUUUGUUAUACUAGGGGCUUUUAAAUUAAACAGAAGUAAAAUUACUGAUUUUUUUAAUAGCUUUAAUAUCUGCAUUAUAAAAAAUUGUAGUUUGAUGCAAAAAAAAGGAUUUAAAUAGGUACAUAUAUUAACUUAAAAAUGAGUUAGUGGUCGCUGGAUAGGUAUUUUUUACAAUUUAACUUGUUGAAGAUUAAAUCUAAAUCGUUUAAAUAAUUACUUCAAAUUUUGGAAACAAGUUAAAUAAUACUUUGUACUUUGACUUUGUACCUGACUCAUUUAAACGUUUGUUUAAUUUUAUUUAAAUACAUCUUAUUUGCAACAACCUGAUAUUUACAUUAAUAGGUAUAAAUAUAAAUUAUUCAUCUUUAUUUUUUAGGAAAAACUAUUUUUUUUAUUAGAAAAAUUUAAUAAAAAAAACGAAAAAUGUACUUUUUUGUCGCAAAUAAGCCAGAUAUUCUUAGAUUUAUAUUGUUAAAAUACUCGAAAAGUGAUGAGCAUAUGAUUGAAAAAGUGCCAAAAAUAAAUCGUUUUUUCAACUGUAUUCACAAGUGCAAUGACAGAAUAUUAUUAUUUAAAUAAGAGAACUAUUUUUUUUUAGAAAGUUUGAUAGUAGUAUACUUUUAAUUAUAACACCAUCGAUUGUGAAACUUAUUUUUUUUUGUAAUUGCGUAAUUGAAAUAUCGGAAUUGAGAAAAAAAUUGGUAUAUAUUGUGUAAUAAAUACUAUAUACAGGAAAUGGAGGUCUGUCUAACAAUUUUGUUGUCACCCUGUAUUUUUCAUUUUUCAAAUUAUGCUUGCUGAAAAUUGUUUAAAAAUUGACAGUAUUUCCAAAUAACAAAAAAAGUUUAUUUAAAAAAACAGACAGUCUAGUAUUAAUUGUAUAAAAUAAAAAAAUAUAUAUAAUUUACCUCAGUAUUUUUUCAUUCUAAUAUCAUUUAAAUUAUAGGAAACUCAAAAAUUGAUAGAUAUGAUAUUCGAUAAUCACAUUAGUUUUAUUAACGCAAAAUGAUUUGUCCAAAUUUUGUUACGAUUGUUUAGCAGAAUUGUGUAAAUAUAAAGAUUUUAGAAAAAAA